AUGCCAAGCUCCUGCUCGCCGGGGCGGGAAGACAGGGUGGACACGCCAACAACAGACUGGCUCACCUUACUAAAAGCCUUACCCACCCGAGAGGACCUAACUCAGGUGACCUCGGCCCUCCAUGCAUCCAUAAUAGCCGACCUGCAGCGGAUGAGAACUGAUAAGCAGGGAAUGGCGGACCGCAUGGCCCGUGUGGAAGCCGACCUUGAUGUCUUAAUGACGGCACAAACCUCAACCACCGCAGCACAGAAGCACCAAACCGUACAGCUGUAG